CAGCCCGGUGCGCCCUGUCACGGUAGCUGUCUUCCUGGCAACUGCAGAGCAAACAGCAGGCCGGCCAGAGCCGCCGACUGGCGUGCAGGCCGUGCAGUUUACCCGACUCCGUGACGGGGGGAGGGGUGCAGCGGGCGGCGUCAGCAGCUCGGGCGGUGCUGGUGGUCGCGGCUCGAGCGGACACCCUCCCGAGUCCCGCUGUGUCGCGCCAGGCGGGUGCGGCGGCCGCGCUGAUGCCGGUGAUCCCACGCACGGUGAUGCGAGUGACGUCGGUGACGUUUGUUUUGGUGGCGGCCGCAGUGGUCGGACAUGCCGCGCUUCAUGGCCAAAUCAACGGAAAGGGCGCUGCCCCGGACCGGUACUGCCUGGCCUGUCUGUGUCACGCUGCCACCGGCUGUGACCUGGCCUCCACCUGCACGGGCCCGGGGUCACAGGGGUCGGCUGAUCUCUGCGGACCGUUUCACAUGUCACGACCGUUUUGGCAAGAUUCCAACGUCACAGCUAUAGAGAGAUUCCGACAAUUCGACUUUCAGCACUGUGCCGCCGAUAUCGAGUGUGCCGCUGCAGCAGUGACGUCAUACAUGACCCAACUCAGUCGGGAUUGUGACGGGGACGGCCGCGUGACCUGUCGAGACUACGGUCUGAUGCACUUCCUGGGCUACGCCGCCUGUCUGAGUCCGGCCGAGCGGCAGCGGGCGGCCAGCAGCACCUUCCACGGCGCCUUCGUCCAGUGCCUCUCCGACAUGGAUGCCCUUCUGACGGCGGGAGCGAUGCAAAACCUCCUCCCCGGAUGUCGGUCAGACUCGGUGUAAAUACAUAUACGGUUUAUA